CAAGACAGCAAUUUCAUUCUCCCCAUUGAAUUGGGUGUGCUGCUUGUUGUGUGUGGCUUGUUCGAAUGGUGCUUCUUGUGGUGGCCGAUUGAUUGACAACUCCUUUAUUCAAUCUUCCCUCCCUCCCCCUCCCCCCUGGACCACUGCAAUUCCCGCCUAAGCCCAUAGUUUACCAGUUAAUCCCGUCUCUCAUUUCGGCUUCUUCUUCCCUUUUCGAUCAAUCCGAUUUUCUACCAUUUCCUCUCCCUCCAACCUCGCAAAACGGCCAAGCUCCAUAACAAUUAAUCGGUCCAUGUCGCAGGCGAUACCGGCAUAGACCUCAUUCCUGGCGUGUGCACCUCUCCAACACGAACCAACGCCCCUCCCUUCAUUCGUCCUCCUCUGAAUCUCUCCUCUCCCCGCUCCCGCCAAAACCACCACCCACUUCUUCCCACCCACACCCCCCCAAAACUCCCAGCACCGUUCGAUAUAUCUCCAUGGCCUCAGCCGGGGGCUUGACUCGCCGGAGAGGUGGCGGUCGAGUCGCUGGCGCAGAAGAAAAUGACGACAGCAGAGUCUCUUCGCCCAUAUCGAGAAACGGGUCCUCUCUGGACAACCGCAUCCCCGAAACGUCAUUUACCAGCGCCGAAAAUGGUCAUAAGAUCGCCUUCGAUCCCCGAGACAUCAGCGAAACGGAGGAACGCAGCAAACAGCCCAAGCUCACGCUGAUGGAGGAGGUGCUUCUACUGGGAUUGAAAGAUAAACAGGGCUACCUCUCGUUUUGGAAUGAGAAUAUCUCAUACGCCCUGCGUGGGUGCAUCGUGAUCGAACUGGCCCUCCGCGGUCGCAUUAGCAUGCAGAAGGAUUCCUCUCGACGACGCUUCCCCUUGGCCGAUCGGGUGAUCGAGGUGGUCGAUGACACGCUGACGGGCGAGGUCUUGCUGGACGAGGCGCUGAAGAUAAUGAAGUCGAGCGAGAAGAUGAGUGUCAACUCCUGGAUUGAUCUACUGAGCGGGGAGACUUGGAACUUGAUGAAAAUCGGCUACCAGCUGAAGCAAGUGCGCGAACGUCUCGCCAAGGGUCUAGUCGACAAGGGCAUCCUACGAACCGAGAAGCGCAAUUUCCUCCUCUUCGAUAUGGCUACGCACCCCGUCGCCGACGGCGGCGCCAAGGAAGACCUCCACCGCCGGGUCCGCAACAUCUGCAGCAGUCGCACCGUCAUCCUUCCCGGCAACGCCUGGCUCCCCGAGGACGCGGAGUUCCGGUACCUACGGACGAUCACCAUGGUAUGCGCCGCUUAUGCGGCGAAUGUGCUGGAGAAUGCGCUCGUCACAAUGAGUCACGAGGCGCGGGAACGGGCGUUCGCGCAGGUGGACGAGUUGUUGGCCGAGUACUCGCAGUGGCCCUUUGGUCGGAGAGCAGGCGGCUCACAGGCCAUCGGCGCCAAUCUGGCGCAGGCCAUCAAUGACGAGGUGAACAAGGCUAAGGACAGAGAGCUCCAGUUGGAGAUCGUGGCAGCAUGUUUGAGCGUUUUCACUAGACUUGAUUCACUACUGUAAUCGGCUUUUUUAUUUCCAUAUCCUGUCCUCAGCUAUAGUCCCCGCUUCACCCUUCCCCAGCCCUUAUUCAACCCCACUGUCGUCUACUAUCAACUUCAUCUUCUCACCCCGAGAAUGAGAAAAAGCAAGCCACCACGACCCUUUCUCACGGACUUGGCCUUUCCUAUUUCUCUCUCUUUUUUUUUUUUUUUUUCUUUUCUUAUCCACAGUUCUGGCAGUACUAUUACCGGCGUACCGGAUUUGGACCUGUCGCAGACAGAGUUGAUGUGAUGUUUUCUGCGAAAAAAAAAACCCGCCCCAUCAUGAAAGCGGUGGUCCAUUGAUUGCAUUGACUUGAUUGUACGAGAUACUUCGAGACCGAUUCGACGUGUUCAUUGAAAAAGAUGACUUUCCCGCGUGUUUCUUGGCUGGUGGUGAAUGGUGAACGGUGACGACGAAUCAUGCCCU